GUCUAACUAUUGGUAUCCCUUACUGGGACUGGACACAGCCGCUGGAGCAACUGCCCCAACUUGUCAGCAAGGCUAGAUCCAACGUGUGGUAUCAAGGGUCAAUCUCUACACCUGACGGAGCUCGCCAGACAGCCAGGGCCGUGGACUCUCGAUUGUUUGAACAUGUUGCAGCUGGUGCCAAUUCAGACUUGUUUGAGCAAGUGCUCAAUGCACUGGAGUACUCCAACUAUUGCCAGUUUGAGGUACAGUUUGAAAUUGCACACAACACCAUCCAUUUCCUGGUCGGAGGCAGAAACAAGUACUCACUCUCACACCUGGAGUACACUUCAUACGACCCAAUUUUUUUCCUGCACCAUUCUAAUGUGGACAGAAUAUAUGCUGUGUAUGAGGCCAUCCAGAGAUCCAAAGGUUACGUACCAGGGGAGUGUGAACUCUGUGAUGUCCAAGGCUUUCAGGCACCACUUCAACCUUUCAACAGGGACUCAAACCCUUUCCCAGUCACCAGAAUCCAUUCAGUUCCUGCUGAAGGCACAGAACACACCCUCUUUGUUGUCAUGAGAUAUUCCUGUUCAUACAAUAUCACUAUUGCAUUUUUCAGAUACGAUAACCUGACUUUAAAUGGCUAUGAUGUUGAAAGCAUCCAGAGACUUAUUAAAGAAAGGCAGUCACAUGAUCGAGCUUUUGCAAGUUUCCGUCUGCAUGGUCUUGGGGUAUCAGCUGACGUCAGAGUCAAGGUGUGUAUUCCCUUACAAAAUGAGCUGGCUGGAGAAUAUUGUGAGUUUGCUGGUGAUUUCUUCAUCCUGGGAGGCCCCUUGGAGAUGCCCUGGACUUUCAGCCGACCCUACUACUUUGACAUAACAAAGACAGUUCAGCAUUUGGGUGUUGCUUUAGAUGCAGAUUAUCAUGUUGAAAUUGAAGUAUACAGCGUAAAUGGCACCCAGCUGCCUUCAGACAUCUUGCCACAGCCAUCUGUGUCCUUUAGACCAGCUACUGGAAAGAGAGAUCCCCCCAUCUCCCACAAUGAGCUCAGUCACAACCAUGAUAACACCGAGGACAUAUCUGUGCGGAAGAAUGCUGAGCAUCUCAGCAGAGAAGAAAUUCUAGAGCUUAGAGAAGCCAUGGAGAAAUUCCAGAAUGACCGAAGUGUUGAUGGAUAUCAAGCUAUUGCAGAGUUCCAUGGAGACCCAGGAAAGUGCCCAUUCCCAACCGCCAGAGACAGAUUUGCUUGUUGUGUUCAUGGCAUGCCCAACUUUCCACACUGGCACAGGCUGUUGGUUGUCCAGGUGGAAGAUGCUCUUCGUCUCAGAGGUGCUCAUAUCGGAAUCCCAUACUGGGACUGGACCAAACCUAGGACAACAGUGCCAGCACUGGCAGCUGAGGAGACCUUCGUGGACCCACACAACAAUCAAGAACACACAAACCCCUUUCACCACGCACACAUUGGAUUUCUGGACAAUGGAGCUGAAACAAGUCGUGACAUCCAGCCGAGCCUGACUCAGUCUCCAGAGUGGGGUGACCACACUGACCUGUUUGAUGCCUUCCUUCUGGCUCUUGAACAAGACAACUUCUGUGACUUUGAGGUCCAGUUUGAAAUCGCCCAUAAUUUGAUCCACGGUCUAGUGGGUGGAAAGGCCCAGUAUGGAUUGUCUUCUCUGUCCUACAGUGCCUUUGAUCCAAUCUUCUACAUCCAUCACAGUAAUGUGGACAGAAUCUGGGCCAUCUGGACAGCACUGCAAGAGCACAGGGGCAAGCCUUACAAAGCUCAUUGUGCUCAAUCAUAUGUCCACACGCCACUGAAGCCAUUUGCCUUCCACACACCGUACAACAACAACGAGAAGACAUAUUCUCACUCAACCCCAGUUAAUGUUUAUGAAUACGAGAAAGAGCUUGGGUACACAUAUGACAACCUAGAGUAUGGUGGCAUGGGCAUCCCAGAUCUGGAAAACUACAUCAACUCUAACCUCAGGGGCAAAGCAAGGACAUUUGUUGGCAUCCAGCUACAUGGAAUUCAGAAAUCAGGUUUGGCAACCAUUUAUGUGACAGCCCUGGGAAAACAAAACUACACUGCUGGUGUGUUUGCUCUACUUGGUGGACCAUCUGAGAUGCCAUGGGGCUUUGAUCGUGUUUACAGACACGACAUCAGCCAUGCCCUGGAAGCCCUGGGUCUUCACUACAAUGAUGCCUAUGAUGUCACCAUAGAGAUGCAUGAGUUUGAUGACACCCCGAUUGACAUCAGCCUGUUUCCAAAGAUCAGCAUCAUCCACAGGGCAGCCGAACAACCCCAAGACGUGAGUGAGGUCGACCUACAUGUACGUAAGAAUGUCAACUUCCUCACUGAAGCAGAAGUUCUUGAACUUCGCCAUGCUCUGACCAGUUUAGAAGAGGACAAGUCUGCUGGAGGCUACCAAGAUCUAGGUCGCUUCCAUGGAACUCCCAAGUGGUGCCCCAGCCCCUCAGCUGAGACCAAGUUUGCCUGCUGUCUCCAUGGUAUGCCCACAUUCCCCCACUGGCACAGGUUGCUGACUGUUCAGGCCGAAAAUGCUUUGCGUAGCCAUGGUUACACUGGUGCCCUUCCAUAUUGGGACUGGACUCAGUCAAUGACCUCCCUGCCAGCCAUUGUGACCUCUGAGACAUAUGUGGACCCCAGCAAUGGCAAGGAGACCCAUAAUCCAUUCUUUGAUGCCCACAUUGAUGAUGUCAACAAUAAUACAGUCAGAGCAGUAAGAGAUGAACUGUUCCAACAACCUGCAUUCGGAGAAUAUACAGAUAUUGCAAAACAGGUACUUCUGGCACUAGAGCAGGAUGACUUCUGUGAUUUUGAGGUUCAGUUUGAGAUCGCCCACAACUUCAUUCAUGCUCUGGUGGGCAGUGGUGAAACCUACUCAAUGGCUUCUCUGGUGUACACAGCAUUUGAUCCUCUGUUUUAUCUUCAUCAUUCCAACACUGACAGAAUCUGGGCCCUCUGGCAGGCGUUACAAAAAUAUCGGGGUAAACCAUACAACACUGCCAACUGUGCCCUCGGUCAACUUCGGAAACCUCUGUCACCAUUUGGACUGACCUCAGAUGUGAAUCCUGACCCUGUGACACGGGAACACUCAGCUCCAUUCCAGGUUUUCAACUACCGGGAGAACUUCCACUACGAUUAUGACAACCUUGAGUUCAACGGCCUUGGAAUUUCCCAGCUUGCACGUGUCCUUGAACAGAACAAGGGAGAAAACCGAGUUUUUGCUGGAUUCUUGCUUCAUGGAAUCAGACAGUCAGCAUUAGUCCACUUCUUUAUUUGCAGGAAUUCUGAUGACUGCAACAAUCGAGCUGGUGAAUUUUACAUCCUGGGUGACCCACAUGAGAUGCCCUGGACUUACGAUCGUCUUUACAAAUAUGAGAUCACAGACAAACUGGCAAAGCUGAACCUCCGAUACAAUGACCGUUACUACAUCAGAUAUGAAAUUCAUGACCUCAGUGGAAAUGAUCUUGGCCAGCUCUUCCCAACUCCAACUGUCAUCCAUCAGUUGGGAACUAAUCACCUAUACGGGCAAGAAUACAAGGAAUCAAUCACAUAUGGCUCCCAGGUUCGUCGCAACCUUGACACUCUGAGUGCUGGAGAGGUAGAGAGUUUGCGCUCAGCUUUCUUGGCAAUUCAACAGGACCAUACUUAUGAAAAUAUUGCCUCAUAUCAUGGUAAACCUGGCUUAUGUGAGUUUGAAGGUCGCACGGUUGCCUGCUGCGUCCAUGGUAUGCCCACCUUCCCCUCAUGGCACAGGCUGUAUGUGGAGAGGGUCGAGGAGGCACUUCUGAGCCGAGGAUCGUCUGUAGCUGUGCCCUACUGGGACUGGACCAGUCCCAUAGAAAAACUGCCAGAUCUCAUUAACAAAGCAACAUAUUACAAUUCACGUAAACAGACGUUUGACCCCAACCCUUUCUUCAGUGGCAAGAUAGCAGGUGAAGAUGCCGUCACAACCAGAGAUCCCCAGCCACAGCUGUUCAACAACAACUACUUCUACGAACAGGCUCUCUUUGUCUUAGAGCAGGAUCACUUUUGUGACUUUGAGAUUCAGUUUGAGAUCCUGCACAAUGCCCUGCACUCCUGGCUGGGUGGGCAUGCUCAGUACUCGGUCUCAUCCCUCGACUACACAGCCUUUGAUCCAGUAUUUUUUCUUCACCAUGCCAACACUGAUAGGAUAUGGGCAAUCUGGCAGGAGCUUCAGCGAUACAGAGGCCUUGCUUACAAUGAAGCCGACUGUGCCAUCAACCUGAUGAGGAAACCUCUGCAGCCAUUCAAUAAUACAGAGCUGAAUCAUGGAGAUGCUACUACUAGAUACAGCCGCCCUAUCGAUACCUUUGACUACCGCAACCACUUCCACUACGAGUACGACAACCUGGAGUUUAACCACAUGACCAUCCCUCAGCUGGAGAACCUGCUCAAGUCCCGCAAGCAGCACGGACGAGUCUUCGCUGGGUUUCUCAUCCAUAACAUUGGGGCUUCUGCUGAUGUGGACAUUUUUGUGUGUGUAGCCACCGGACCAACCGGCAGAAACAACUGUAACAACAAGGCUGGUGUUUUCUCAGUACUGGGCGGCCAGCUAGAGAUGCCAUUUACAUUUGACCGUCUGUACAGACACGAGAUCACAUCUACCAUCAGGGAUCUUGGGCUGAAGCUGGACAAUGCUGCAAACUUCCAGCUAAAGGUGGAAAUUAGAGCUGUCAAUGGAAGUCUCCUUGACCCUCAUAUUCUGCCAGAACCAACAAUUAUAUAUCUGCCUGGAACAGAGGAAAGGCAGGAUGCCAACGGGCAAGUCAACGGUUAUCUGGCCAGAAAGAAUUUAGAAGCCUUGAGUCCUCGUGAAAUGCUCUCACUGAUUCAUGCUUUGGAAUCUCUGCAAGCUGACAACUCUGCUGAUGGGUUCCAGUCGAUUGCGUCAUUCCAUGCCCUUCCUCCUCUGUGCCCAAGUCCCACUGCUAGCCACAGAUAUGCUUGCUGUCUCCAUGGCAUGGCAACUUUCCCUCAGUGGCACCGACUCUACACUGUACAGAUUGAAGAUGCACUGCGCCGUCAUGGCUCACUGGUAGGAGUUCCCUACUGGGACUGGACCCGUGCCAGCCAGUCUCUACCCCAGUUCUUAUCCACUGAAAACUAUACAGAUCCCUACACCAAGGACAUUGUGGAAAACCCCUGGCAUGGAGCUCCUAUUGACUUUGAAAACUCACACACAGAAAGGGAUGUUCAGACUGAGUUCCUGUAUAAGCUUGGACCCCAUGGCUGGGACACCUGGCUGUUUGAGCAGACUCUGCUGGCUCUAGAACAGGAGGAUUACUGUGACUUUGAGGUUCAGUUUGAGAUCACCCACAAUGCAAUUCACUCCUGGGUUGGUGGCUCAAAGCUGCACUCUUUGGGACAUCUCCAUUAUGCCUCAUAUGAUCCAGCUUUCUUCGUCCAUCACUCAAACACUGACAGGCUGUGGGCCGUCUGGCAAGAACUCCAAAAGUACAGAGGUCAUGACCCCAAUGAGGCUAACUGUGCCUUAGAACUAAUGAGGGAGCCCCUGAAACCCUUCAGUUUUGGAUCUCCAUACAAUCUAAACCCCCAGACUUUGGAGUAUUCCCGACCUGAGGCCACCUUCAACUACAGAGACCACUUCCAUUACCAGUAUGACAACCUGGAGUUUGUGGGCAUGAACAUCCCGGCACUAGAUGCCUUCAUCAAGGAACGAAGAGAACAUGACCGAGUGUUUGUCGGAUUCCUUCUGGAGGGUUUUGGUACAUCUGCUACUGUAAACUUCACAAUCUGUGAUGCUGCCAUGAAAUGCUUCCCUGGCGGGUACUUUACAAUUCUGGGAGGAUCUGCAGAGAUGCCAUGGCACUUUGACCGACUGUUUAAAUAUGAGAUAACUCAUCAGCUGGAGGAACACCACAUCAAGUAUGAUGAUGAUUAUCAUUUCCAUGUGUACAUCACAGCCAUUAAUGGGACAGAGCUAAGCAGCAAACUCAUCCCUGAACCAAGUGUAAUCUUUGUACCUGCUCGCAAUGGUUAUCAUGUGGAGAAAGUUACCCCAAACCAUGUUCGUCGUAACCUCAACUCUCUCACUGAGAGAGACAUACAGAGUCUGCAGUCAGCACUACAUGACCUUCAACUUGACAGCAGUAAUGAUGGCUGGGCUAACAUUGCCUCCUUCCAUGGAGCUCCUGCCCGCUGUCCAGACCCUGACCACCCUACAGUGGCUUGUUGCCAGCAUGGCAUGCCCACCUUCCCACACUGGCACCGCUUGUUUACUCUACAGGUUGAACAAGCUCUUCACAAACAUGGCAGCUCUAUUGCUGUCCCUUACUGGGACUGGACACUGGCUAUCGAUGAGCUUCCUGACACGUUCACUGCAGCAGAUUACUACGAUGUCUGGAGAGAUGAGGUUAUUUCAAACCCCUUCGCACAUGGAUAUGUUCCCACUGAGAAAGUCUACACUGUCCGGGACAUCCAGAACUUGAUCCAUGCCAAACACAAAGAUGGCAACCACUCUGCACUUUUUGACCUGGUCUUGGACGCACUAGAGCAGAAUAAUUUCUGUGACUUUGAGGUCCAGUUUGAGAUCAUGCACAAUGCGAUCCACUACCUGGUCGGAGGUCACCAGACUUACUCCCUCUCUUCCUUGGAAUACUCGGCCUAUGACCCAAUUUUCUUCCUGCAUCAUUCUUUCACGGACAAGAUCUGGGCAGUCUGGCAAGAGCUUCAGAGGAGAAGACACCUGUCGUACAACAGAGCUGACUGUGCUGUCAACUUCAUGACUGAACCAAUGAAACCUUUCAGCUUUGAACAAUUUAACUUGAACAAGUUUACCAGGUCACACGCUGUACCCAAUUCUGUAUUCAACCAUGAAGACCUGGGCUACGUCUAUGACAACUACAACAUCGGCAACUACAACUUGGACCAGCUUGAGCAGCUGAUCCUUAAGAGACAGAGCAAACCCAGAGUCUGGGCUGGCUUCCUGCUGAAGGGCAUUAAGACAUCCGGCUCUGUGGAUAAUGGCAAAAAUGAAUGCCGUUUUGCCAGCCGCUUCAAUCUCCUGGGAGGAUCUCUAGAAAUGCCGUGGGCUUUUGACCGUUUGUUUAAACGUGACAUUACUGGAGCACUGGAAGAGGCUGGACUGCAUCCUGAGGAUGUCCUGGAUACUGAAUCUCACUUCCAUCUGGAAGUUGAGGUAUUUGAUGUUGAAGGUCAUGCCCUUAGCCUGCAGAGUGUCAUGCCACCUCCAGCUUUGAUCUUUGAACCUGCCCAUGGAUCUGCUGAAGAGGUAGAGUCCACUUCCAUUGCUGGUUUUGGAGUCCGUAAAGAUGUCUCUCAUCUAUCUGUGUCUGAGACAGAGAAUCUGCGUGAAGCUCUGCGCAGAGUCCAGGUGGAUCAAGGACCUAAUGGUUUCCAGAGACUUGCAAGCUACCAUGGAAGCCCAGCCCAGUGUCAGUACAACAACCAAUCAAUUGCUUGCUGCCUCCAUGGAAUGGCCAACUUUCCUCAAUGGCACAGACUUUAUGUCAAGCAAUGGGAGGAUGCUUUGACAGCCCAUGGAGCUAAGCUGGGAAUUCCUUAUUGGGACUGGACUACAGCAUUUACUUCCCUUCCACUGCUGGUUUCCGAAGAAGAAAACAACCCGUUCCACCAUGGCAAAAUCUACAAUGGAGAGAUCACCACAAGAGCACCUAGGGAGAAGCUCUUCAAUGACCCAGAGUUCGGAUCCGAAUCUUUCUUCUACCGACAAAUCCUUCUUGCCUUCGAACAAACUGAUUACUGUGACUUUGAGGUUCAGUUUGAGAUCACGCACAAUGCUAUACACUCUUGGACAGGUGGUCAGUCUCCUUAUGGAAUGUCCACCCUGGAGUACACAGCCUAUGAUCCCCUAUUCCUUCUCCACCACUCCAAUGUUGACCGUCAGUUUGCCAUCUGGCAAGCUUUACAGAAGCUCCGAGGCCUGCCCUACAACAGCGCAAACUGUGCCAUCCAACACCUACGCCAACCAAUGAAGCCUUUCAGUAAUGAUGACAAUAUAAACCCAACCACAAGAGCUAAUUCCAGGGCUAUUGAUGCCUUCAACUAUGAGAGGCUAAACUACCAGUAUGAUGACCUUAACUUCCAUGGACUAACAAUCUCUGCGCUGAAUGACCUUCUGGAGCAUCGCAGGGAUGAAGAUCGGAUCUUUGCUGAGUUUCUACUCCAUGGGCUUGGAGCUAGUGCAGAUGUGACAUUUGACCUUUGUGAUUCUGAAAAUCAUUGUGAAUUUGCUGGAACAUUUGCUAUUCUGGGUGGUCCCCUGGAGAUGCCUUGGGCUUUCGAUCGCCUCUUCAAGUACGAUGUAACUAAUGUAUUCAGCAAACUUCACCUCCGACUGGACUCAGAGUACCACUUCAAUGUCCACAUCACAGCGGUCAAUGGCACAGACCUGGACAGCAACCUCAUCAGGUCACCUAGUGUCCAGUUUGUCCCAAGACACAAAGGCUACUACAAGAGAGCUGAGCAGAGAGCAGCUGAAGAGUCAGACAAGUUGAUCAGAAAAGACAUUAACCAGCUGACACUUGCGGAAAGUGCUAAUUUGAGGGAUGCCCUGAAUAAACUCCAGCAAGAUCAGGGAGCCAAUGGUUUUGAGGCUAUAGCGGGAUUCCAUGGUGCUCCAUUCAAGUGUCCUGCCACAGGAGAUGACAAAUAUGCUUGCUGUGUGCAUGGUAUGCCUGUUUUCCCUCACUGGCAUCGUCUGCUGACUGUCCAGUUUGAGCAAGCUCUCAAAGAUCAUGGUGCUAAAGUCGGUGUACCCUAUUGGGACUGGACUGCCCCAAUUAAAACUUUGCCAUCUUUAUUCGGAGACAGCUCUGACUACAACCCAUUCUACAGUUACACUAUCUCCUUUGCUGGCCAGACAACCACACGUAAUGUGAAGAGUGAGUUGUACAACCCACACCAGAUCAACGGGUACAACUACCUCUACUAUCUGGCACUCAGCACUUUGGAAGAGAACAACUACUGUGACUUUGAAGUACAGUAUGAAGUACUUCACAAUGAGAUCCAUGCACUUAUUGGCGGCAAUGGCACAUAUUCCAUGGCCACCCUGGACUACUCAGCCUUUGAUCCCUUCUUUGUCAUUCAUCAUUCCAGCAUUGACAGAAUCUGGGUCAUCUGGCAGGAACUGCAAAAACUGCGCCACAAACCCUUCAACUCUGCUCGAUGUGCUGGCCACCUGCUGGAGGAACCACUGCAUCCAUUCAACUACCAGGACAUCAACAAGAACGACUUCACUCGCCUCAACUCUGAACCCAGUGCAGUCUUUGACCACUCCAGGUUUGGUUACAAG